AUGAUUCCGGCCGAUGCCUCCCUUGGACAGGAGCAGCUACCAGUCAGAUCGGCCGCAUCCCAGCAACAACCUUCAAUUGCCACUUGGAAACCAGCAUCAGCCAAACGUAAAGGUCCUCAGUGCCGUAUUCCACUUGAGGCAAGGCAGGUGUUGGAGGACGAAUUUGCGGCCAAUCCAUACCCCUGCGCGUGGGAAUUAGACAUCAUCGCACAUCAAGCCAAUCUCGACGUGAAGAAAGUCCGUAACUGGUUCAAUAACACCCGAGCCAGGAAGAAGUGUGGAGAUUCCCACCCCGCUGUAAAGGAUGGUUCAGGCCAGAGCAAUCGCACUCUGAAGACGAAGCUGUCAAAGGAUAGUCUGGAAAGCCUCCAAAAGCAAGCAGACGACGCCUAUCAACUGCCGCAGCCGCCUCUGGCGGUAUACCUUGCACAGUCGUACCAAGAGGAAGCUGUUGAACUGUCUGCAGUGCAGGCUGCCGUUGAUGUUGAGUCUCUCAACGAAAGCAUCCCAAAUACCGCUGAAGGCCACAACUUUGGUUGCAAGGACCUCGCCAUGAAGUGGCGUCGCUUCGGUGCUCCAAUGAAGCUUGAUGAUCCUAUGCUUCAUUGUGGCUUCUGCGGAAAGAAGUCAAAAGACUGGUCCGAACGAUGUGAGCAUGUUGCUGAGCACCUCGUCGCGCGUGAGCUUGACCGUGCUGUGUGGUGGAGCGAGCGCAAGGAAAACCAUUUGGAGAACCUCUACUCGACUACACCAUACGAAUCCUUCCGAUGCCGAUACUGCCAAAAGGUCUUUACGGAUGUCAAAGAUAUGAACGAACACUCUCACUGUCGUGUGUGGAGCUGUCGAUUUCUCCGGAGCUUCGACGACGUUGCUGCAGACAAUGCAGGUCCGCCCCUCUGUCCAGACUUUCCCUCGGCCAAAGCUCACCAUUGCCACCUUUGCGGCUCCGGCUAUCGAACGUUCCACGUCGAACAUGCGCAGAAUUACCAUCGGUAUCGCUCGUGCAAUCAAGAGUUCUACACAUCUGAAGACGCUUUCCUCCAGCAUUUGCACAACUUUCAUGGCGCUUCACAGCCAACAUUACUGCGAGGCUCUGGUGUCAUCGAGCAGAGCUAUAUGCGCAACAAAGGCGCAUCGUUCGAGCCCGUGGAGUUCAAUGAGAGCUGGCAGCCUUGCGUUAUGGAUCUAGACGUAGCCUCUGUCAGUCCAUUUGUUGCCGACAACACUGUUUCAACCCUACCUGUCGAUCACAGAAAGAACCAAAAUCAGACCCGAAAGUCGCUCGUCAUUCCAAAGAAAGCUCGUGACAAUGUGCAGACUCAGGACGUCAAUGUCAAGAAGGUAUCAAGACAACGAUCUGACACAUCAACCUCGAAGGCCGAGAGUCAUCACCCGCGAUUCUUCCGACUCAGUACUUAUGUACCCUUUCUGUCAUCUCGUAUCUUCUACUCGCGGUCUGCAAAGGCAGCGGACUUUCCGAGAGACAACCAGGCUGUGCUAGAAGAGCUACCGAAGCCGCACAUUGCGACACUGGCGAUGAGUGCAGGCACAGUCAGCAUGGCCGCCACUCGCUGGUUCAUUCGGCCAGACACAUGUUCGGUUAAUGGUAUGGUAGAGCUUACCAUUGAUAAUGAAGCAGAUGUAGAUUGA